GACGUUUGAAAGUAGAGCACAACAGAAUGUGGUUGGAUAACUCGCUGGGAUAUAAUCACAAACGCAGAAAAAACACGAAAACGAACUGGUGACUUUUUCAAAUGCACGAUAUGAUGAUGCAGUUGCACAAUUGUUUCAACACUUCGAGAUAAGAGUUUGAAAGAUUUGUCACUUAAGCACGAACUGCCGGGCAUUAUCAAAAGCAUUCGUGUCUACGCUCACACAGGAACUUAGUAUUCGGUCGUAUAAUCUCGAAGAUUCAUAGGAAGAUUUUUUGGAUGUUCUUCGAAAACCUUGGAACGAAAAACACAACGGUGAUCAAAGCAUUUCAUCUCAAUCAUCUAUUCUAUACUGUAUCAUAAAAUAGUAUGUUCUAUUAAUUGGCUGUUUGGGCUGAAAAAAACUUAUCGAGAAUGGGAUUACUUGGUGCCAGUUCACGCUUACAAUGGAUGGUUUCCUCCGAUUGUAGCCAUCUCCCGCGGAACUACAAGGUUUCAUCAAUCAUUGUAAUUUUGUUGGCUUUCAUCACUUUAGUAGUAAUGCUUGCUGCAACAAUUUACAACAUCGUCAACACCUCGCAGCUCGGAGGUUCACCUGAUUCAUUUAAUUCGAAGUACAAGGAUGAUGUUGAAGACGUACAGAAGGCUCUUAGUUAUCUGAGUAUAGCCAGCGUUGUGUUGACAACGCUGACACUUGCAGCUUUAUUGUGGAAGUACUCUGCAGCGUCAAAAAUGGCCAAAAAAUGUCUGCAAUCCCCGCCUGCUGCGCUAGAGCGAUUUGAUAUCCAAGAGCCAAUACCUUGGAACAAGGAAUUGUUCAAUGAAUCACAAUAGAAUUCCAACUCUGUUUAUGGAAAGUUGGACUAAUCGGAGGAAGCUGAAGUGGGCUUGUGUAAUGAAGAAUGGCGGUUGGGAUUAUAUUUUU